GCCGCGGGGGAUGGAGGCGGAGGGGCCGCGGCCCUUCUCGGAGGAGCAGUUCCGUGCCGCCUGCCGGGAGCUGGACCAGCCGGCGCCGGGCGCGGAGGGGCCGUGGCAGCUCCUGGUGGAGACCAUGGGCGUGAGGAUCUACCGCCUGUACCACGAGCAAUCAGGACUUUAUGAGUAUAAAAUCUUCGGUGGUCUUGCUGAUUGUCCCCCAAAACUGUGUGCAGAUGUCUACAUGGACUUAGAUUUCCGAAAACAGUGGGAUCAGUAUGUUAAAGAACUGUGUGAGAAAACAUAUGAUGGUGAAAAAGUAAUCUACUGGGAAGUGAAGUACCCUUUCCCUCUCUCAAACAGAGAUUAUGUCUAUGUUCGGGAACGUCGGGAGAUGGAUGUGGAUGGGAGGAAGAUCUGGGUUGUGUUGGCUCAAAGUGUGUCUGUUCCUCAGUGCCCUGAAAAGCCCGGUAUUAUCAGAGUUAAAAGCUAUAAACAAAGUGUGGCAAUUGAAAGUGAUGGCAAGGCUGGAUCUAAAGUCUAUAUGUACUACUUUGAUAAUCCUGGUGGCAUGAUUCCAUCGUGGCUGGUCAACUGGGCUGCCAAGAGUGGUGUGCCUGCUUUCUUGAAGGAUAUACAAAAAGCUUGCCUUAAUUAUUCUAAGAGAACAUAGCUCAAAAUUGAUCUUAAUUCUUUAAUUCCAAGAGCUCUGCACUUACGGGAAUGGCUGUUAUAUAUUACACUGGAUGAAAUCUACCUCUAAUAUUGGAAAGAAUUUUAUUUUAGUUGGGUUAUGCCUUGAGCUUUAUUAGAUUCUUUUCCCAUCUCCAACUGAAGAGCUGGGCACUGUCAAGGUAACACCAACAUCAGCUGCAGCUUUUGAAAGUACUCAAGGAUAAGUUUUGCUUAUCCUGAUGGUCAUGUCAACUGGAGCUCUGUGAUGAAUAUGUUAUGUCCUUGCACAAGAGACAAAGAUUUAGCUAGGAAAAAUGUCUGAACUUGGACUGCAAGUUGCAUGUUUGUUGCCUUGCAGGGUGGCUUCCUGCUGAAACUCAGUGAUGGAACUUGGAUUGCGUAGGAGAAACACUUUUGCUACCCAAGUUUGUCAUUCUUAAACUCCCUGCCUGCUGUAAACCUAAAAAAUGCUGAGGGCAUGUAGGUAAAUCACGAGAAGUCUGCAGUAGGAACUGGAAGUCUGUGUCACUAAGCUUCCUUGUGAUGGUUUUAAGUCCAGAUGUAAAAAGGAUUGGAGCCUAAAGCCUUGCAUUCCCAGCUCUGUACCUCUAUAUGAAACCUAAAACCCACCAAGAAGAAAAAGGAGGAGUUGGCUUCUUCCAUGUCUGAUUUAAGGGGAACAAGUUUUAUCUUCAGAGUCAGUAGCCUUUUCUGUAAAGCAGCUUGGAUACCAGCUUGAAAUUGGAAGUAAUUUUGAACUGGAUGCCUGCCACUGAAUGUGAAUGAACUUGAUGUGAAGCUUCGGCUUGCUUGCAUUUUUAAAUUUCCUGCUGAUCUAAAGACUGAAACUGUAAUUUUGGAUGGUAAUCCACUGAAAGCUCAACUGAGCAGAAAAUCAAAUUUCCAGCACCUUUGUGGGGGGUGGGGCAGGGAGUGCAUAAAAGAUGAGAAGACCUCAAUCUCAGGGAUUUAAAAUAUUCUGCAUUGUUCCUAAAUCUAAUCCUGUUUCUGAAUAAAUCUUGUAAUGGGGUAGCUUUGUCUUGUUAAAAAACAAGUGAUUGAUAUGAUUGCCUUUUUACUUUGUGUGAAUAUUUGCUUCCAAUAAAUCCUUAUUUUAUCCA